CACGACCACCUCUUUUUGAUGGAACCAAUUAUACAUAUUGGAAAGAACGAAUGAGAAUCUAUAUUCGUUCCACGAACUUCCAAUUAUGGUUGGUUAUCAAAAACGGGGAAGAGGUGCCGAUGAAGAAAGUCGAGGACAAAUUGAUCCCCAAGACUGAAGAUGAAUUUGAUGCGGAGGACAUCAAAAAGGUUGAGAAUUAUGCAAAGGAAAUAAACAUGCUUUAUUGUGCCGUAAAUCCUGAUGACUACCGCAAAAUCUCUUGCUGCUCAACCGCCAAGGAGAUGUGGGAUAAACUUGAGGUGACGUACGAAGGAACGGACCAAGUACAGGAAGCCAAGAUCGACUUCCUCACCCAAGAGUAUGAGAUGUUUAGAAUGAAGGAGCACGAAAACAUCGACGACAUGUUCGACCGAUUCUCCAAGAUAGUCAACGAUCUUCAUGCUUUGAAGAAGACCUACACCGACAGGGAUCUUGUGCGAAAGAUCCUACGGAGCUUGACAUCCGAAUGGCGAUCUAAGGCCGAUGCCAUCUAUGAGUCAAUCGGCACAUCAAAUGUCACCAUCGACGGUUUAAGAG